AUGUGUACUGGUGUGAUGGCAGGACUACAGCUGGAAGUCGUGCUUGAACAGGUACGCGAAACUGACGCGAGGCCACGCGCCGAGUCGGCCCACUUUCCUGCCCAGUACUUUCUGCUCUGCUCCUUCCCUUCCUCCAAAUUACCCUCUGGUGUGUCCAUCGAAGUCAUGCAUCAUUUCCUGUCCAGCAGUCUUGGACAGUGGGCGAAGAAACAAGACACAAGCAUAAGAGCCUGUUGCUCGAAUUGA